ACGCCGCUAUAAGAGAGCACCGGCACGAUUUCGUCUUCUGUGGGCACGGUGUACCCAAAGCUGCCAUGUCGCUAAACGGAACGCUUCUCUGCUUGGUGCAGGUUUUUCUUGGCUUCGGUGCUUUUGAAUGCGCGCAGCCACUUUAUGCGUCUUGCGGCGACACGAGCCAGCUCAUCAGCAAAGGCCCCCCGUUUUCAACGCUCUCGUCACCCCACGACGCAGUUCUACUGGCCUUUCCUUUCAAGCAUCACAGCGUGACGUCGUCAUUUGGCGCCGCUAUAAAAGAGCACCGGCACGAUUUCGUCUUCUGUGGGCACGGUGGACCCAAAGCUGCCAUGUCGCUAAAUGGAACGCUUCUCUGCUUGGUGCAGGGGACACCUGGGUACACCGCAGGUGUGCUUCUCGUAGGAUGUCUGGCCACUUUCGGCAUGUACUGGAUCUUCCAAAUGGUAACACUGCUUGUGUCCAUCUGUUUUACCCGAACAAGCGACAGAAGCAAACAAGCAUGGGACAACAACAAAAAAAGAGCGGAACGAAAUGCUUACGGUCGUCUGCAUCGCUCGUCAAGCAGCACUGACUCAACGUCGUCAUACACGAGCUUCUUUGACGACAACGAUGAGACUGACUGCCGGCACGACAGUGAGGAAAAUGGGUCCACUGACAAGCAGACAACAGAUGCUGCAGCAAAGUACAUAGAAGCAAAGAACAAAAGCAGAGAUGACAGCAGAGCACGGAAGCAAAAAACAGGGCAAGAAACACGGGCAGGUACAGCAAUCAGACGUACAAAUACGAAACACGACAUGUCUGACAAGGACAUCCUGCGGUUUUGUCGGCAAGAACAACCUACAACAUUUGGGAAAGUAUUGGGAAGCAAUCGCAAAAAAGCUCCCAAAUUCGUAUUCUUGGGAGAAGGAUCGACAUCGAAUGUAUACACAGACCAGGAUACCGUACUGAAAAUCAUGACGAUACCUGAAAAUGUAGAUGCAAGAGAUGACCUCAUACGCAAGUUGAAGAAACGAUCGACACUAUCGGACCUGAGAAACAACUAUGAGAACAGCACCACCGGGUUUAUUGAAAUUAGAAGAACGUGGUUCGUGAUUGAUACCUAUCCGGAAGAGCUGCUUGAGUCUCAGAAUCAAGCUUACUACCAAGGACGCGCCCGAUGCCUGAGAAUGGCAGAUCGACAGCCGCAGAAGUACCUAGUCUGCGAGGAGGAGUUCGCCGGUGUAACUCUGGACAAGGUUAGGAUCCAGAAGCCUCUUGUUCUCUACAGCAUCCUUAUGCAACUAUCACUGACAAUUAGUGCUGCAGAAGGAGCAGUAGAGUUUGAACACCGAAGUCGACUACAGAAGUGUGUCUAUGUUAGAAAGCCAUCGCACAAAGAAGCGUGCCUUUUCCGACUACGCUACAGGACUUACAGCUCGCCGACCUUUGGUAUCGUGGUUCGUCUGAAGUGUGGAACCGCGACACGCUGUAAGAAAGGAACCAAAGUGUUAUUCAGCCCAUUAAUGGACCCAGGCAGAGGAGACCUCAACGAUGAUGAGAGGGAAGCUCUGCGGAUGAUUAACACUUUAAUUGGGCAGGAUAUCACUGGCUUUCACCCAAGAACAAACCUUGCCUGGCUCGUAAAACUCACGGAAAGCACCAUGAGCAAGAAUGAAGGGUACAUUAUUGGAAGGCCUUCAGGAAGGGAAUCCUUGGAGACUCUCGACCUGUGGAUGGAGCAUCUCCUACUCAGCGAUUCGGUGGCCGACUCCAUUGACAGUCUCUUCGAUGCCGAUUCAUAGGCUUCCAUAGGGCGACCUUAUCGAAAAAGCUGGUGACUUGGAUCGAGCGGUCCAUUGGACAAGCUUGCGCAAGCUUGCGCAAACGUGUGUUACGCCAUUAUAAAGUUUCAUGUAU